AUGGUAACGCACAGAAAACCCCCAAAAAAACAUUUGAACGUUUGUGAAAGUGUUUGGAAGAGAGGCAAACUAAAUAACAAAAGUACAACUACUACAGUUUUUAAGGCAAGUGUUGAAAAGAUUUUGAAAGCAUUCGAGAGCGUUAUAAUGUCAAAUAAAUUGCCCCUACACCCCCCUUGCAAGGACCCCCUCUUGUACGGUAGUGGCAAAAAUGUUGCUGAGCAAAUCACCGACGAGUUGAAUACCUGUCACUAUUGUCACAAAGCCGCUUACUCUGGCCGCCACAGAAUUCUGGUAAAGUGCGGACAUAUUUUGUGCGAAGAUUGUUUCAUCAUCUUGUUGAGACCCAACGACAACAACAACAACAACGACGACAUCAAUUUCAAUAAAAGUUACAUCAUCAACAACAACAACAGCAAUUACACUAGCAGCAAAUUCUUCCUCGCUUCCAACUGUUCCGAUCACAGUAAACUACCAUCACCACAACAACAACAACAGCAACCAACCAAAGAUCAAAAAGUUUUGAUCACGUGCCCUCUAUGUCACCUGACCGACUCAUUUCCGGUUAGGCGCCUGAACAAGAUGGCCGCCAACUCGGCCAGUGAAGCAAUGGCAGAUAGGCUUCUGAGGCGGCAUAACAGGGCUAACGGGGCCCUAAACACGUUCUAUGACAUCAGAGAUUAUAGGGUUGAUCCAGUUAGAGGAAAAGCUGCAUUCUGA